AUGUUUACAGUUCACCGUGAAUACCGGUUGUCAGAUGGAUUCGCCAAUGUAGCUCAGGUCUACUACAUGCAAGGUGAAGAAUUCUCGAUGCUGAAGAUUCUACUGCAGCGCGACGAUGGGAUGUCCGCCAUCCGUUGGGAUGCUGGCUGUCUGAGGUCGAUGAUGCAAGUCCUCUUAUCCCUGCACUACCUGCCCAUUCUUAUCUUCGUGACAGAUGUCGCCGCUCAGUACAACUCCGAAACGGUACCUUUCCUCGACCCCAUGGCACCUCAAACGCCUGACCAGCCCAUCAUGAAAUACCGUCAACGAACUACGAGCAAACGAAGUUCUUGGCGAAUGAGGUCCCGUUAUGCUUCGAAAUCCGGCAAGGGCAACUUCUUGCAGUUCGUGAGGCGGCCCUUCAGUCAGAGAAUCGUCGGACGACUCAACAACGACAUCGAUGGAUGCGAUAUGGGUCAGAAAUGCGGGAUGAUCUUUAGCUGCCUCAUGUCCGGCGGUAAGCCUGUCAAGGCGUGCAGUGGAAGUCUGCUGCAGUACUGCUGCGAUCAUCCUUCGGAGAAAAUCAUCCAACCACCGGUUUUCGGACCAGUUAAGAACGAUCCUUACUGCGGCCGGAGCGGGGGUCGCGUGAGUCGCAUUGUCGGCGGUAAUGAUGCAGAAUUCGGAGAGUUCCCGUGGCAAGCGUUCAUUCUCGUGGCGGGAAGUCGCUGCGGAGGAGCCUUGGUCGGUCGGCAGCAUGUCGUCACUGCCGGACACUGCGUCGCGAAAGCCAAGAGCGCGGAAUCGAUCAAGGUCAUCUUGGGCGACCUAGUGCUCAACUCGGACCUCGAGGAAUUGCCAAAUGAAGAGUUCAACGUCGUGCAGAUCAGAGUUCAUCCCAACUUCCAGUUCACUCCUCAGGCAGAUCGCUACGACGUCGCCAUUUUGGUUCUCGAUCGUCCGGUCCAGUACCGAGAGAACAUCAUGCCGAUCUGUAUACCUGAGAAGGGGGCCGAUUUCACCGGACGCACGGCGACGGUUGCGGGUUGGGGCGCCGUCGAGCCCGGCUCGAAGCUCCGACCUCGGACGCUCCAGAAUGUCCAGGUGCCCGUCAUGAAGAACGAGCAGUGCGAACGUUGGCACAGGAAACAAGGCAUAAACCUGCGCAUUCAUCCGGAGAUGAUGUGCGCGGGGUACGAGUUCGGUGGACGGGAUUCGUGCCAGGGCGAUUCGGGUGGCCCUCUCAUGUUCAACGACAACGGAGUGUGGUACCUGAUUGGGGUCGUUUCCGCUGGAUAUUCUUGCGCGAAGCAGUAUCAGCCCGGUAUCUAUCACCGUGUAUCAAGUUCCUCAGACUGGAUCUCUGCCAACGUUUUCAGCUAG